GCCCGCCGGGUACCGGUCUUAGGUCUAUAGUGGAUAACCUUGGAUAGAAUUGAAUUGAAUAGUUAUUAGUUGUAUUAAAAUUAUUACUCAAAAUCAAAUCACUUUAGAAGUAUUUCGAUUUUAUCUAAACCAGCAGUUAUUAAACUAGGAUAAUGUCCUCAGAAAACAGAAUAGAUAUCACUCAGCCCUUGUGGGAUCAAACAACUUUUGUGGGUAGAUUUCGCCACUUCGCCUUUAUCUCUAACCCCCUGCUUUCAUUGGUACCAGAAAAAGAGUUGUAUCAGGCUAAAGAACUCUAUUUUAAAUAUAAAGAAGGAAAGGAGCCAUCCGAAACAAAACUAGAGCAAGUAGUAAGAGCUAAGCAGUUAUAUGAGUCAGCAUUCCACCCUGAUAGUGGAGAACUUCAGAAUGUAUUCGGUAGAAUGUCAUUCCAAAUGCCAGGGGGAUGUCUUGUUACAGGAGCAAUGUUGCAGUGGUAUAGGACUGCCACGGCAGUGGUAUUUUGGCAGUGGGUGAACCAGUCGUUUAAUGCGUUAGUAAAUUAUACGAACCGAAACGCCAAUUCGCCCCUAACUACGAAGCAAAUGGGAGCCGCGUAUGUGUCCGCGACGUCUGCUGCAAUGGCCACGGCGCUUACUUUCAAAUUUGUUAUACAGAAAAAAGCCAAGAAUCCCAUUUUAGCGAGAUUUGUUCCGUUUGCGGCGGUGGCGGCCGCUAACUGGGUGAACAUUCCACUCAUGAGGCAAAAUGAAAUUUUACUUGGUUUGGAUGUAACGGACGAAAAUGGUAAAGUUAUUGGAAAAUCACAACUUGCACCAGUUAAGGGAAUUUCACAAGUUGUUACUUCGAGAAUCGUAAUGUGUGCACCUGGAAUGUUACUCCUACCCGUGAUAAUGGAGAGAAUCGAACCCAAGGCCUGGAUGCAAAGGAUCAAGUGGGCUCACAUUGGCAUACAGACAAGCAUAGUUGGACUAUUUUUAACAUUCAUGGUGCCGACAGCGUGCGCUAUAUUCCCACAACGAUGCAAAUUGUCAAUUGACACAAUCAAACGCUUUGAGAAGGACAGAUAUGAUGAAAUUGUGAAAAACACCGACGGAAAACCUCCAGAAUAUGUAUACUUUAACAAGGGAUUGUAAGACAGAGAAAUCUGUGCCAUACCCCAGAUGUUCGACGCAGUUGGUUAAUUCAUUGAAGUUGGAUUUCCAGCGAAAUCAAAUGGUUCCCAGUGCCUCUACUUAAAAUCACUAUUUUAUAAGUGUAGGUGUUUUUCUAGUAUUAUGAAUAGAUUAGAAAUAUAAGUAUUCAUUAUGUCAUAUGACAUUCACUGCCAUAGACAAUUUUUUUAUAUUUCUUUGCCAUGGUUAUAUAUAUAAUAUAAAUAUAGGUUUUUUAUUUGCGGGUAUUUUAUGCAUUUAAUUUUUAUUAGAUCUGAAAAGUAUAAAAUCUGAUAAAAGCCAUGAGGCUGAUUGCAGAUGGAUUUAAAAGGAAAAAAAAAUGAUCUGAAAAGAAAUACUAAUAUUGAGAAUUAUUAAAAUUUAGUUAAUGUAAGGUGAUUAAAGAAAACAUCAUUUUUUAUACGACAAUAAUAAAAUAUUGUUAUUUAAUAUUUCUCAGUUUUAUAAGCUAGUACUUUUAAAUCUAUCUUUAUUUAAUCAGUAUAUAUUAAAAUUAUUUUAAUAUUUAUAUUUUUAUUGACGAAACAUCUCAUACAUAGCUCAAAUUUUCGUACAUAACAUUCCAUAUGUGUUUGUAUGGUUUUUAUUAUAAUAAUACAUAAGCUACAGUUGGACAGUAUUGAGUGUAAUUUAAGCUUGCUUUAUAUAUUUUUUUUAGCUUUUUAUAGUUAUUUUAACUUUUGUAAUUAAUUUGUUAAAAUUAUAGAUUAAGGAAUUGAAAUGAUAUUUAAUCUAUCAAAUAGAAUUUAUUGGUGGCAACACUCACGGAAUGGGUGGAAAGUAGAAUUUAUGCGCAGAUGUGCAAUUUUAGAUUAUUUUCUUUAAUAAGUCUUUAAAGUGAAGAGAAGUUAAUUCAUUAAAUGAAUCAGCUGAAAUACUUUUUUUCAGGCAAUUUUGCAAAGAUUUUUAGUCUGUGUUUAAUGUUUUUUAUAAGAUCUUAAUGUGUACUUACAAAUUUGAUGGUAUAAUUUUAUUUGUAAUCAUUUUCAUUUCUGAUUGUUAUUAGUAUAGUGCUUGUUAUGAUGCUUGGAGAUUUCUCUAUGAUAAAAAAGACAAUAAAAUGUUGUGAAAGUCA